AUGGUGAAAGAUACCGCGAUAGAUUUAAGAACAUUGGCUACAGAGAUAAGGUGUCAGUGGUACAGGUAUCACUGGUGUGGUGGUGGUACAAGUGUGUGGGUGGUACAGAUAUGUGAAUGGUACAGGUGUCAGUGGUACAGGUGUAUGGUGGUACAGGUCCUAGAUAACGAUGUCGCUUUAGACAAGUUCAGCGUCACUCGCGUCAGCACAAGCUCAUCCACUUCCAGCGAGUCGCGGUCCUCAGCUGGGGACUUCAUCAACGAUAUUGUGGAUUCCGUGGUGCCCGUUGCAGUACCAGCCUUGUUCCCCAACCCAACGCAGAUCGCAGCCCCCUCCUCGCCAGCGCCCACCGUGGUCCAGGCAAUGGUGCAACGAUUAAACAAAUCACCCGCCGUGUUCGUAACCCGGCCUACCAAACAGCCUGCCAAGCAGUCCACCUCGCGUCCUGUACCACGGCCUACCUCACAGCCCACAGUACGGACUACAACGAGAUCUGGUUCACGGCCUACCUCGCAGCCUAAAUUGCAAACUACAACGAGAUCUGCUUCACGGCCUACCUCACAGCCUAAAUUACGGACUACAACGAGAUCUGCUUCACGGCCUACCUCACAGCCUAAAUUGCGAACUACAACGAGGCCCACAUCGCGACCUACUUCCCAGCCUACAUCGCGCCCAUCAUCCCGCCCUGUGUUCGUAACUUCAAUCAGACCGACCAAAAAGCGAAAUGCACUCCGAACCACACUGACGCCAACCAUCCACCACAUCUUCCUCCCGACUCCCAUAUCAUCCUCGACAGAUGAGGCUAAAGACGAUUACUUUCUACCCACCAUAUCACCUUCUUCAGCUAAGAGUAACAAACGCCCUUCCAUUGGUCCCCAAAAGACAUCAUCCAACAUCACGAUAUUUCCAUCAGGGCAGCUGGUUGUGUUUCCUGCCUCCCAGUCCGCUGUGUUUAACCCUAGCGAGCCUGCAGUGCAUCCAGGCAGCCAUUCAAAUGAUAAACGAAAUUACCAACCACCUGAGUCAUCCAGUCAGGGCCACUCGUCAUAUUCCACUUUACCUUACGAGUCAUCUGCCGAGUCAACGGACUAUCAAGAUGAAUACAUGGCGUCUCACAAAUCUCAAAACACAAAAGGCCAGUUCUCUACUACUCAGAAAUCUCCAAAAAGUCCACAUACCCACCAUACAGUUACCCGUCAAGCCCAGUUUACAAAUGCUCAGUUACCGCUGCUCCCAAUCAGUCAGCAAUCCAGUGUCCAACUCCCAAACUCUCUUGCCUUACAUCAGUUCAACUCUGGCGAAACUUUACUCCCAGUUACUCAACAAAACCAGUUUUCUGGAGCUCAGCAAACAGGAUUUCAAGCCUUGCAACAAUCCCAGUUCCCAGUCCAACAACCACAGAUCUCCGGUGCUCAGCAAAGCAGAUUCCUCAGUGCACAACAAUCCCAAUUCCCAGUUCAACCAACACAGUUCACUGGUGCCCAACAAGUUGGAAUCUUAGGUACUCAACCAAACCAAUUCCUAGGUGUUCAACAAACCCAGUUUUCAGGUGGUCAACCAAACCAGUUUUCCAGUGUUCAACAACCUGGAUUUCAACCCGUUCAACAAGCUCCGUUCCUUGGUGUUCAGCCAACCCAGUUCUCAGGUGUCCAACAAACCGGGUCUCAAGUUAUUCAACAAACUCAAUUCCCCGGCAUUCAACAGACAUUUCCUGGUGGCCAAUCUGUACAGUCCGCCAGGACACAAACAUCCACUAGCCAAAAUGCUCAACAAGCAGGUCUUCAAGGGCUUGCCCAGGCUGUGUUGCCGUUCUUAGUCCCUGCUUUAAAUCAAGCCGCUAACGCCCCACCCGAGCAACCACCUCAGCCACUCAGACAGAACACCAACCAACAGGGAGAUGAUGUGCUUGGUGCUCUCCUCCGGAAUACACCAGUCACCUCCGAUCAUAUCUUGGGUUCUUUUCUCAACAAUGCCAUAGGGUUCGACUCCCCUGCCAUUGACCAAUCACUCUUUCGAAAUAUCAGCUUUUCUUUGGGAUCUCCUUCGGUACAGGAUGCGGCCGUGAACGUGGGUCCCAGGGAAGAGGAGAGAGGUGGACUGUUUGGUUCACUCUUUGAUGAUCCCGAAACUGGCCUGGAGUUCCUGAGUCUGUUGCUUGAAGAGGACGAGAGCGAGGAAGUCGUCGAUGAAAAAGAGAAACUUUUAGAUGCACCUGUAUUUGUGUUUGUGGAUGAGCCUGGCGCCUCAAAGAAUAAAAAGAAUAACCCCAAGCCAGCCGCAAAUCCCAACACACAGCCGUCACCUCUCCUCUCUCACUUGUUGCUCAAUGCGCAUUCGUUGUUGUCUGGUCAGUCACCGUCAAGCAGCACCAAUCUGUUUCUGGACGCACUCAUCAACCAGCAGUCUCCUGGUGGUGUUCAAUCCGCCCUCACCUCUCAGGGGAUCUUGAAUCCUUUGGCAAUAGAGACUAACCCCCUAGUGGCGCAGAGCACUCCACAGUCGUUACUCACUUCGGGUUUGCACAAUUCCCAGCCACUCAGUCCACAAGUUCCCCGUAACCCACAUAUCCGGUCAGUGUCGAGUCCUGCAGCACCAGUCGCGGCCCCAGUCGCCGCCCCAGUUGCUCCUUCACAAUCCUUAACCAGUGGAAACUCGCCAGUUACCGCCACACAGCCCCCUGCCAACACAGCAAAGCCAAAGAACAUUCAAUCAUCGGCUACCGCACAAACCACUGCUAAUUUACAGACACUUAUCAACACCCAAACACUACUAAACGCUCACCUACUCAAGGCUCAGGCACUGCUACGAUCACGUUCUAGCACCACCACUCCAUCACCCAAGACUAAGGAUCACUCGUCCAAAGCCCCCAAAAAAACUCAGAUCCCAAACAGUGGCGGUAACCAGACGCCUCAAGCUCGACAACUCCCGUCCAUUCAUUUGACUAUUAAUGUGGAAGAGAAUUCAGUAUCUCCAGAAUCCACAACUACCACCACCUCGAAACCGUAUGUUUUAGAUGUAGAAGAUUCGUAUGCAGAGCCUUUGCCCGUCCAAGGAUCUUCAUACAGUAAGCCUACCAGCCAACGAGGUAUUUCAACAAGCCAUUCGGAGCCUCAGAGGAGUCUCUCUCUCAGACCUCCACCACCCCCGCCAAGAAGUCAGACCCCCAGACCACCUCACCAAAGACCACAGAGAACUUCCACACAAAGGCCACUACGCUUGCAAACCUCUUCACCCAGACCAUUAUCCUUCCAAAGAUCCACGUCCAGACCACCACCCCGUCGAAGAACUACACCUAGACCAACACCACAAAAUUCAACACCAAGGUCACCCCAUCGAAGGUCAACAUCUAGGUCAACAUCUGUUCAAAAAUCUACUCUUAGACCACACCUUCGAAAAUCUACACCCAAACCACCACGAAUCUCCACGCCUGGACCUUUGCCCAUUCAAAACUCUACACCGAGACCAUUCCUGCAUCUUUCCACACCCAGACCACCACCACCACGACCACCACAGCGGACCUCCUCACCUCGACCUUCACUGCUUCCACAGAGUCAGACACCGAAGCCAUCUUUAUCAUUACCACUACCACUACAGUCACGUGGCAUUUCCACUCCUAGGCCACCACAGCAAGUCACUCCAUCGAGAGCUUUGCCACAACGAUCAAAGGAAACCCCCACGCCUAGACAACUAUCUCUGCCCACGCCAGCACCACCACUGCCUCUACAAAGUCACUCAUCCAACCCAUCACAUCGCAGUUCCUCGCCCAACGUACAACAACACAGCACUUCACUCAGCAUACAACAGCAUCAUCCCACACAGCAGCGCAGCCUCUCAUCCAACUCACCACCACAGGCGAGUCUCGUAUCUAACCCUACAUCACAACACAGUCCCUCACUCACUCUAGUACCAUUGCACACUCUCUCAUCCAACGCACCACAACAGAGCAAUCCCUCAUCUGAAGCACAGCAAGACACAGCACCACCACAGCGCAGUACCUCAUCUAACACACAGCAUCGUGAGCCCAUAUCCAAUUCGCCACCACAGCGCAGUUCUCACUCAACCUACCACAACAACAUAGGCUCUCAGCUAAUGCGCCACAGCAACAAAGCUCCUCACUCAGUCCACCACACCGCAGUCCAGUAUCCAACACAGCACGGCGCAAACCAUCAUCCACAAGACCACAGCUGCACUCACACCAGUUUACCGCCGCAAGAGUCCUAUCUCUCUCAAAGAACAAGAGGCUGGGAAAUAAGGACUCUGUGUUUGUGGUUCUAG